ACUCGUGUAUUAAAUAUCUAGCUAGGUUUAACCUAAGAAAUAUUAACUCUUCAUUUCUUUUUCUAACUCCUGAGAGACGGCAACAAUUAAUUUUCUUACCCGCCAAACACGCCUUUCACAUAUAGUUGUAUAAUUUUUUCUUCCUGCCCUCACUUGACUCCCGCACCUAUAAGUACAGAACCAAUUUCAGUAUUAGUAUAUGCUUAAUUUAACCAUCGACAUGGCAAGCAAAACACAGUAUUCCUCUAUUUUACUCCUUUUCCUUGUCGUUUUCUCCGCUUUCAAGCCCUCUCAAGCUGGAGGAAUCGCCAUAUAUUGGGGCCAAAACGGCAACGAAGGUACCUUAGCCGAUACUUGUAACUCGGGUAACUAUCAAUUCGUCAACAUAGCUUUUCUUACUACCUUCGGCAAUGGCCAAACCCCAGUGCUAAACCUAGCCGGGCAUUGCGAUCCAAGCGCCGGUACGUGCACCAGUUUAAGUGCCGACAUAACAUCCUGCCAAGGCAAAGGCAUCAAAGUCCUCCUUUCCAUCGGAGGUGGUGUAGGAAGCUACUCUCUUUCCUCCGCAGAGGACGCAAAGCAGGUUUCCGAUUACCUCUGGAACAACUUCCUUGGCGGUCAGUCCAGUUCCCGUCCUCUCGGUGAUGCAGUAUUGGACGGAAUCGAUUUCGACAUCGAGGCCGGUUCCGGGCAGUUCUGGGAUGAGCUGGCUAGGUCCCUAAAUGGUCACACCGAACGGAAAGUUUACUUGGCUGCAGCACCACAGUGUCCCUUCCCUGAUGAUAACCUUAAGGGAGCCAUCCAAACUGGGCUUUUUGAUUAUAUUUGGGUUCAGUUCUACAACAAUGGUCAAUGCCAAUAUGGUGGAGACACUAACAAACUUUUAAGCUCUUGGAACCAGUGGACUGCUUCUCCAACCCAACAAUUGUUCAUGGGGCUACCCGCGGCGCCUGAGGCGGCUCCUGGAUUUAUUCCGUCCGACGUUCUCAUCUCUCAAGUUCUUCCAACCAUUAAGAGCUCUCCCAAGUAUGGAGGAAUUAUGCUUUGGAACAGACAGUUUGAUACUGACUAUAGCAACGCCAUUAAAGCAAGCGUCUAAGCUUGUAUUGCUAGUAUUGUCUUGCUUGCUGAACAAUUUACAGUAUUAAUCAUUAUGAUACUAAAUAAACAUUAAAGCAUGAUUAUUGUUUUUGAUUAUAUUUAA